AUUACACACUACUAGUUGUUUGACCCACUUCUACUUUGUAGAGAGAGUAGCUUUUGGAUUUCGUGCCCAACUUCCGCACCCAUUUUCUCUCUCUAUAUUUUCUCAUUCCUUUCAUUUUCAUUUUCAUUUCUCAAGUUUCUCAGUUUUCAGGGGAUCACACCGUUGCUGUUCCGAUCACAGAGUCGUUCUUCCGCCGGAGAUGGAAUUCGUCGGAAAAACCAUUCAGAAAUCGGUGGACGAUGGUGGAAUUCUCACCGGAACUGUCAAAUCUCACAAUUCUUCGUCGGGUUUGUUGGAGAUCGUUUUCGAGGAUGGUCAUUGCGAGGAGAUGGAAGUUUCUGAGGUGGUUUCGUUGCUGGAAAUUCAACCGGAGGUGGUGAAAGUCAAAGCUAGGGUUGGCCGGGAACCUAAAAAACGACACCGCACCGCCGAGACGACAUCAUGUUCAGGUAGUGGUAGUGAUAAUUUGGUGGCGGGUAGUGAAAUUAACGGGAUUUUGAAUAGUGAUGAUGGUUCUAGUGGCGGGAAUGAUGGGGAUGUUGUGGGAAAUGGGAAUGGGAGUGAUGGAAAAGUAGGUAGUGGAAAUCCGUUUGGUUUUGAAGAGAUUUCAAAUUUGAAUGGGGGUGUUUCUGAUAUUAAUGCUUAUGGAAUUUGUGUUAAAGAUGAUGUUGAUUUGAAUGGUAGUGUUAAUUUGAAUGAUAAUGGGAUUUUUGUUAAAGAUGGUGUUGAUUUGAAUUCUAGGGUUAAUUUGAAUGGGAAUGAGGGUGUUUUUGAUAAUAAUGAUAAUGGGAUUUGUGUUAAGGAUGAUAUUGAUUUGAAUGCUAGGGUUAAUUUGAAUGAGGAUAUGGAUUUAAAUGAUGUGUAUGAUUUGAAUUUUGAUAACGAGGGUGGUUUGGAGAGAAGAGAAGGUAUUGAUUUGAAUUUGGAUGUGAAUGGUGAUGAGGGUGUGAAUUUGGAUGCGAAUUUGGGAGGGGAAAUAUUGCGGCGGGAAUGUAAAUUUGAUUUGAAUGUGGGGGUGUGUGAAGAAGUUAAGGAGGUUCAGGGUUGUGCUGAAGGAAAUGAGCAUUUUGAGGUAAAUGGUGAGACGGGUCAGCUGGGAGAAGUUGGGUUAGAUGUUGAGCAUAGGUCUAUGGAAGUUGAUGGUGUUCGUGGUGAUUUGGAUUGUGUCUCUGAUGCUGUCAAAUCAGAGGAAUUUCGUGUUUCGGUUGAGAAUAUAGCUGAAGGCGCUUCUUUGUGUUUGAUUGAGGAAAAGGAAAGUCAUGAUGGCAAAGAAAAUGUAGCGGCUAUUGACUCUCCUAUGGUUCUGGAUGGUCUUUCUGGUGAAAAUGUGGCGGCUAUUGACUCUCCUAUGGUUCUAGAUGGUGUUUCUGUUCGGGAUUGUGAUUAUGUUUCCUUGGAAACUGGUGUUGCAGUAGUUAAUGAAUGCCAAGAUGAUCCAGGAAGUCCAUGCAAACAAGAAAGUAGUCAGAGGAAGAGAAGAAAAGUCUCAAAUAAUUCAAAAGCCACCCCGGAAACGGCUUUGAGGAGGAGUUCUCGCCGGGUGUCAGCUAGAAAACAGGCGCAGGUGACCGAUGAUCCUCUGUCGUCCUUGGAAACCAGUGUAACAGAAGAAAAACCUUCAAUGCCUGGAAGUGAGAAAUACGAACAGUGCAAUGUUCCUAUUCCGAAGCUGCAAUUACCCCCUUCUUCUAAAAAUUUGCAUUUAGAUGACAUUCCUGUUCUUGAAUUUUUUUCUGUCUAUGCUUAUUUAAGAUCAUUCAGUACCUUGUUAUUUUUGAGUCCAUUUGAGUUGGAAGAUUUUGUGGCUGCACUUAAGUCUGAAAUCCCUAGUAUAUUACUUGACAACAUUUAUGUUUCUAUUUUGCACACUCUGAGAAAGCAUUUGGAAUUCCUUUCCAGUGAGGGUUGCCAAUCUGCAUCCAUUUGCCUGAGGAAUCUUAACUGGGAUUUCUUGGACCUUGUCACAUGGCCCAUGUUCAUGGCCGAGUACCUUCUGAUUCACAGUUCUGAAUUUAAAAUUAGUUUUGAUGCUAACCACUCAAUUUUAGGAACCGACUACUACAAACAACCUGUCAAUUUGAAGCUUGAGAUUCUUCAGUACCUUUGUGAUGAUAUGAUUGAAACAGACACCAUAAGGGCAGAGAUGAACAGAAGAUCUUUGGUAAUAGAGACCGGUAUGGGUUUUGAUCAGAAUAUUUAUUUUGACACUGGUAAGAAAAAAAGAGCUGCAAUGGAUGUUUCUGGUGGCUCUUGCUUGACCGAGGAGAUUGUGGAUGACACAACUGACUUGAACAGUGAUGAAUGUUGCCUUUGCAAGAUGGAUGGAAAUUUAAUAUGUUGUGAUGGUUGCCCUGCUGCAUUCCACUCAAGGUGUGUCGGGAUUGCAAGUGACAGUCUUCCUGAAGGUGACUGGUAUUGCCCGGAGUGUGCUAUUGGCACACACCGGGCUUCGAUGAAAUCACGAAGAUCACUUCGAGGAGCAGACUUGUUGGGGAUGGAUCCUCACGGCUGUCUUUAUUUUGAUAGCUGUGGUUACCUGUUAGUUUCAAACUCAUCAGAUGCGGGGUCCUUGUUCAAUUACUACCAUAGAAAUGAUAUACAUGUUGUAAUUGAAGUUCUAAAGUCUAUGGGUGCUUUAUAUGGAGACUUAUUAAUGACUAUCUGCAAGCACUGGGAUCUUCCGUCUGACUUAAAUGCAGAGGCUAGUAGUUUGGCAGUCUUCAAUCGAAGUUCCUGCAAGAACAUGCAAAUGACGGCGGAAUAUUAUGCUACGCCUACAUCUUUAGCACCUUUUACUUCUUCAGAACCAUGCAUGGGCAAGAAUCUGGUUGAUGAUCACAAAAAGUUGAAGAAAAAUUCCACUAUUGACUGUUGUAUUCAAGAUGGCCAAGACUUUCCAAAAGCUGGGAACCAAUUAGACUCAACAAUAGGAAGUCCUGGUAUUGCCUCAAAAGGAUCAGCUGAUACUGCACAAUUGAGAUCAGGCAUCGAGAGUAUUCCGAUGCACAGGCUAUAUGAUUCCAAUAGAUCCAUAGCUGUUAGCAGUACCGCUGGCAAUGAGGAUACAUCACAGGCAUCUUAUGGGACCGACUACAUAAACUAUUACAGCCUUGCCAGGGUGCCCUCAUUAGUUGCGCAGGAAUUGAUGUGUAAGUCACCUGAAAAGAUCAAUAAAAAUAUUGGUUUGACUGAGGAAGAUGUUAUUUCAGACCAAACAAAGUCUAUCAUGAAGAAGUCCAGCAACUUUUGUUGGCCAAGUAUUCAAAACCUGAAUGCAGCUGCCCAAAUGGAAAAAUGUGGGUGGUGCUUUUCUUGCAAGGUUGCAAAUGAUGGCAGAGAUUGCUUGUACAUUUCGGUGGUGAAACCUCUUAAUGAAGUGUCUAAAAGUACUUCAGUUGAGCUUCAACCCAGGAAGAUCCAGAAUGGACAUCUUAGAGCGAUAAUAUGUCAUAUUUUCUCUCUUGAGGUUCGACUGCGGGGUCUUUUAUUGGGUCCAUGGUUGAAUCUCCAUCAAACAAAUCUUUGGCAUGAAGAUCUUUUGAAGACAUUCGAUUUUCUUUCUGUCAAACGAGUAUUGCUUCUUUUGGAAUCCAAUUUGAGACAUCGUGCUCUUUCAGCCGAUUGGUUAAAGCAUGUGGAUUCUGUGGGUACUAUGGGAUCAGCUACUCAUAUUGUGGUCAAUUUAUCACGAACAUCCUCAAAGCAUGGUGUUGGAAAGAAAAGGGCCAGACAUUCGGAUAUUGAAUCCAGUUCAUCUUCAAAGACUACUGGUGGUUUGGUAAUGUAUUGGUCAAGAGGUGGUAGGCUUUCCCGAAAGUUGUUUAAUUGGAAGGUCCUGCCUCGCUCCUUCGUUGCUAAAGCUGCUAGACAAGUUUUAAAUUCUGCAGCUGGGUUUACAAAGAUACCAGGUAUUUUAUAUCCUGAAAAUUCAGACUUUGCAAAGAGAAGCAGAUGUGUUGCCUGGCGAGCUGCUGUCGAGAUGUCAACUAGUGUUGAGCAGUUGGCUUUACAGGUCAGAGAACUCUAUUCAAACAUAAGGUGGCAUGAUAUUGAGAAUAGCCAUCCUUUACAUGUAUUGGACAAGGAAUCUAAAAAAUCAGUCAGGCUAUUCAAAAAAGCAAUUGUACGCAGGAAGUGCACCGAAGGACAAUCUGUGAAAUACCUUCUUGAUUUUGGGAAGAGAAGAGGUAUUCCAGAUGUUAUUGUUAAACACGGUUCGCUGUUGGAGCAACCCUCAAGUGAGAGGAAAACAUAUUGGCUGAACGAGUCUUAUGUUCCUUUGCAUCUUGUAAAGAAUUUUGAGGAAAAAAUAAUUGUCCGCAAGUCCAAUGAUAAGAAACAUGGAAAAAUUCUUGAGAUCGGUAGAGUAAAGAAGGCUCCUCAACAACGGGGUUUUUCAUAUUUGUUUUCUAGAAUGGAAAGAUCUGAAUGUCAUCAGUGUGGGCAUUGCAACAAAGAUGUCCCAAUCAGGGAAGCUGUGAGCUGCAUUUAUUGCAAAGGGCAUUUCCAUAAGAGGCAUGCCAGGAAAUCUGGUGGCACAAAAGCUGCUGAAUUCACAUAUUCAUGUCACAAAUGCCAGGACGGGUUGCAUGUGAAGACUAAUACUAAUAGAAGGAAUGUUGACUCAAAACGGCAGAAGAUUCAAUCACAGAAUGGUAAAAGUUCCCCUUUGGUUGGUAAAUCAGUGAACCUUAAAGGCAACAAAAAGGCAUCAAGUAAGGUGCCGCAGCCGCGGGUAAUAUCUCGAAACAAUAAGAACAUCCCACCAAUUGUACCUCUUCGCCGUUCUACUAGGAAGGCCAAAUCCUUAUAUCUGCACAAGCAAAAGAUUGGAGGGCGUAAAAAAGGAACACAAAGUAAAAAGAAUGUAGGGCGUAAAAAAGGAAAGCAAAGUAAAUCCAAGGUGGUGACUUCUCAAAGGUCCAAGGGAACUACUGGUCAACAUAAAAUGUUUGCAGUAACUCCGGCACGUAAGACAAGAACAAAACUUUUUAACUGUUACUGGCUUAAAGGUCUCCGGUUUUCUCAAAAGCCAAAUGAUGAACGUGUGAUGCUUUUUAAAGAGAAAAAGCAUAUUAUCUCCGAUGUUUCUACUGGUUUGUUUGAAUAUCCUGAAUGCUGCCUUCGCUGUGGAGAUGUAUCUGCUUCAAAUUAUAUUGCUUGUGAAAUCUGUGAAGAUUGGUUUCAUGGGGAUGCUUUUGGUCUCACUGUAGAGAAUGCCAGACAGCUUAUUGGGUUUAGGUGCCAUGCUUGUCGUGGUAGCAUUGCUCCGAUCUGUCCCCAUGUAAAGAAUAAUACUCCGUCUCCUACUGACCCAAUGCUGUAAUUGAAUGUGUGGAGGAAUGAUCUAAUCGUGACCAUUGAGGGAGGUUUAAUGUUUUGCUUUGACAGGACGUGGUUGGACAUCUGAUGCCAGCUUGUAGGGUUAUUUUUCUCCCUGCAAGGAUAUAGUGGCAAAUAUUUAUGUUGUUGUAAAAAAAAAACAAAUUUUCUCAGUUAUAUAGCUGUAAGAGGAAAGAUUGCUUUACUGGCUUCUGCUCUGAUGCUUUCUGUUUCAACCUUCUUGGCAAGAGUGAAGAAUGAAGAAACUACAAGCAUGAUGGUGCAGAAAGGCUGAAGAUAGUUGCAAUCGGAACACAUAGAAUUCAUACAUCAAUUCCAUUCAUCAUUGUUAUUCUAACCCAUCAGCAUUCAUUGUUGCAUUUUUUAAUUUAGGGCUUUUCCCCCUCUUGACUGAUUCCUCUCAAAUCAACUUUUGAAGAAAUCAGUAGAUAUAGUAUUGCUUGGUAAGGAGGGAGGUUUUUGCUAGUCUGCCGUUUUUUAAAUAGUGAACUUGAGGCAACAGGAGUUAUAGGAAUUACUUUGGAUAUUUUUAUUUAUUUUUUAAACAAGGAAUUACUUUUUAUGGCACUCACAAUCGGGAA